AUGCUUGCUCAAAGUUUUCAUUGGUGUGGUUCCUUCAAGGAGGGCGAGAGAUGGCAGAAGGCCGCUCCAAGUUGUGCAUCUCUGGUUUCCAAUGGGCCUUCUCAUGGAUCUAAAAGGUAUUGUGAAUCCAAAGAUUAUAGAGUAGAGCAGAACAGCUGUAAAUCCGACUGGUUCAAUGUACUUGUUAGGAAACCCAACAAGAUUAAGGUAGUAGCAUCCAACACAAUCAUGAGAAGUGACAUGCAUGCCGUCCUUGGACGGGGAAAGGUUGCUGACAUAUUGUCGUGGAAGAACAAGACAUUAUCAGGAGGGAUCCUGGGGGGUGUUACUGUUCUAUGGGUUCUCUUUGAACUUACAGAGUACUCUUUAGCAACCUUCUUCUGUCACAUUCUCAUGCUUUUGAUGAUCACCCUCUUCACAUGGUCCAAGAGUGCAGGACUCAUCAAAAGGAAUCCUCCUACUUCUAACGAAAUAAGGUUGCCAGAAUCAGCAUUCAGAUUCUUCUUUGAUCAAAUUAACGAGACUAUACUUACAUUUUACAGAACAUCAACAGGCCAGAAAGGUUUAAAAACCUUUUUUGUGACGUUAGCUGGGCUUUACAUCUUGUCAUUUAUUGGAUCCCUAUUCAGCACCAUGACUUUUGCAUACCUUGUCUUUGCCUGCUGUGCGACAAUACCAGCUUUCUAUGAGCAAAAUAAGAUGCAGGUGCAUGAGAUUUUUGGGCACAGCUACAGAGAAAUAAACAAUUCAUUGAAAGAUUUCAGGUCCAAACUCGUUGACAAGAUUCCUAGAGGAAAAGAUGACUAG